AUGUGGAAAUCUAAUCUGAAUACGAUUCUGGUUAUUGAUUAUCUGCGAUUCGUCUUGACAGAGGAAUGUCCUUCAGUCUUCGCUCGCAAUGUAUCCCAAGCAUUGAAAGAUGCUUAUGACCAUUGGACAAAGGCCAGUGACAAGGCCCGAGUCUACAUCUUGGCAAGUCUGUCUAACGUUCUUGCCAAGAAGCAUGAAGCCAUGAUGUCUACUCAUCAAAUCAUAGAGUCCCUCCAGGAGAUGUUUGGACAACCGUCCAUUCAGAUCUGGCACAAGGCUCUCAAGUACAUUUACAAUGCACGCAUGAAGGAAAGCCAAUCAGUGAGAGAACAUGUUCUCGACCUGAUGGUCUAG